GCCAUUUCUCAUUCCAAGCAACCACUCGACAGCACCGCCGCCCUCGACAGCUCUCCCCCCCCGCGCUCGCCCAUGCCCACCAACAACCAGACGACACAUCUAGGCCAAUUGCCGUACCUCCACGACGACCUGGAAGCCGGCAACGCCGAGGGGCCACACCCCUCAACGACUCAAGAAGCUGCCACAGCGGCCCAAGACUACGUGAACCUGGUGCGAAAGGAAAUCGGGGACCAAGAAGACGUGUACCGCCAGUUUCUGGACGGUCUACAGGAGUUUUUGGUCGACAUCCCAGACAAGUACCGACGAAUGCUCGACAUUCUCCAGGGCCGCCCCCACCUCGUUGCGGGCUUCAACAUAUUUUUGCCGGACCUGUACCGCAACUACGAUUUGGCACCGGAAGGAAGUCAUCGCAGCGCAGUCCCCCACGCCCCCGCACCGACCGCUGUCGCCCCCCACUCGACAUUUGGCGCGUUCUGUGCUGCCCCUCCAGCCGUCAUGACUUCCCCAGCGCCUCCCACAACUACCAAGUCGUUGAGAUCGUCGAGCGCCCCCCACAACAUCACGACCAUGACCGAGUACAUGGAAUGGCUCAAAGCGUCCAAACCCCCUUCCAACGCGUACAGCUCGGCCUUCCCCUCGCAGCCUUCGACCAGGGGCACCGACGCCCCCAAGGCUAGAGUCCCACUUGGAGCGUUUUCACGACAACCCAACUGCAGCUCUCGUGCCUCGCCCAAGGCUCGCCGCCAGUACCCUCUGACGCCAACGGUCCCUCGCACCAUGCCUGCUAAGUUGAGCGAUUUUGGUUGUUUCACGCUGCCCUUGACGCCGUCGACCACCGGCCCCUCGACGACUGGCAUUACCUUCCCGAGCUCUUCGUUUGGUAAUCCCUUGGUCAUGUCGCCCACUCCUUCCAUUCAGGCAGCUGCACCAACGCCCACCGCAGUCUCUCAGCCACAAGCGCCGCUCCCGCAAGCCGCGACAGACUGGUUGGUGUCCUUUAACCACUCGGCGCCGUCGAUUCAACGCGGCAAGACUCCCGAGGUCACGACCCCGUGCUACGAACUUAACGUUCCGGGCCAGUCGUCGCCUGUGUCGUUUGGCUGCCAUCAUGGUACAACGACGAUGCACAUGCCAUCGUCAUCGGCCGGUCACACUGCGCUCGCCACGACCGAUUCGUUUGUGCGCAUGGUGCAUCAGCGCUUCGAUGCCAACCCUACCAAGCUCUCGACGUUCCAAAUGCUGUUGAGCAAGCUUCAGGCCCACUACUGCACGCAGACGUACCUGUUGAAGCAGAUGUACGCGGCACUCGAUGGCCACGCGAACGACGACUUUUUCACCCAAGUCGCGACCUUCCUUCAGCUAUCGUGUUCGCACAGCACGAGCUCCAAGCAAUCGACAUGGCUGCAGCACUCGUCUCGGUGCUCCCACGUCAUGGAAGGGUCCGAUGUCGUGCCGCUCUUGCCCUCGACGCAUGCGUACGUCGACCAGGUCGUGUCGACGUCGCUGACCAAGUUCUUCCCCCGAGGCGUGCAUGACGACAGCGGCGCCGCUUCGGAGUCGUCGACCGUGAACCAACAGACAACCACCUCGUCUGACGAACGCGUGGUGAAACUCGGGUUCCAAGAUCACUUUCACCGCAUUCGCGUCCGCACGACGAACUUUGCGCUGGCAGACCUGCAGCAAUUGUUCCAUACGAAAGUUGCGCUCGCUCCUGGCACGUUUGUGAUCAAGUACAAGGACACUGACGGCGACUACGUGCAUGUCGACACUGCAGCCGACUUCCACGAAGCAAUGCAGCUCGCCGAGACAAUGCAGCGCUUUCAAUUUGACGCGUUUCCCAUCGAAGCGACCCCCCCAUCGCCACCUGCCCCAGAACGCGACGAAAAGCCCUCGACGGACGACUUGGCGUUGUCAGCACCAAGCGGCAGCCACACUGUUGAAGCGAACGUGUCGGUCGAAGUGGUGGACGAAGCUGUUCCAGCGCCACAAGACUGGCGCCACGCCCCCGAGCCCGAUGACACUGUAGAAAUCGACCAGCCUUUGAUCACAGCGUCGGGACAAGAACUCGAUGAGCCCGUGGAUAUUGCGCCUUUGACCCCUGAGCAAGCGCUCAAGUGGGCCGACCAGCUGGCGGUCGUUCACGAAGUACUCCCAUCGGCGAAAGGCCACGACGUCGUGCGCGAGUUGGAAGCAGCCAACGGCAACCUCCAAAUCGUCGUCAACCAACUGGUCGACAUGUAAGUGUUGUUCGACGGUGGGCUCAAUGUGCUCGGUAUGUUGGCUUGCUCCACUCCGCUAGACUCCAUCAAAUACGAUUCAUAUUCAGUUGCAUGCAACGAUGGUCGUUCACGGCGAGGGCCAUCAUCGCCGGCCGUGUCUUCAUCUUGCAGAUGGCGUCAUGUACAGGGAGGACUAGGGUGUCUGCAAUGACAAUGCUUCUUCGACUACAUAUCAACAUCAACAGCAUGAAGUGACAAGUUCUAGGAUGUCACCCGACAACGUUACAAUGAGCA